AUGAGUUAUUCGAACACAUUUCAAGACUACCUGAGAGAUAUUCCGAUGGAGAUAGGUCGGAAGUUUUAUCCUCCACCAUUGAUUAACAUACCUACACUGACAAAACCUGAGCCGCUGAGGAAUGUGCAGUAUGCAUUUGAAGCGGAGAAACGAGCUCGCGAGCAGUUUGACGAAGCGAACAAUAAGUCCGAGCCCAAACUCGACCAGUCGCAAAAGAAUCCCGUCAAUGGAGUCGCUGCCUCGGCGUCGCAGACUUCAUCAACUACUUCGAUCACAAACGAACUCCUGUUACCUUGUGCAGCUCCUCCUGCAACGGAGGCUUCCUCGCGAAAGCCUCCGCCUGUACAAAAACCAGUCAGCUUUGAAGAGUUCGAAGGGAGAGGAACAGUUUUUGACGAAGUUGAAUGGAGAAGUAUUGACGACAAAUUAGCGCUGAGUCAAAUUCUUGGGAAUGUAUCUUUGCAAGCUUCCAAAUCAGUUGAAAAUCCGGUCGCGAAUCCUGUCAGUAAUAAGAAACCCGACUCGUUAGCGAAUGGCACCAAAGCAGUGGCAAUUUCGGCCAUUCCUCCUUAUCCUGUUCUCGAAUUCGGGAGGUCGAGGUCGGAAGAGCCAGCAGUGAUGCUUAACACAACAGGCGAAAUGCAUACUGCUGUAUAUACGAAGCCAGUUCAUUCAGCGUCUGUCAAAGAAAUGCCAUCUGCUCAUGUGCAUGACUCACCAUUACGAGUUCGGUUAUUGACAAAAGGUUAUCGACCAAAUCUAGUCAAUGUGGCACUAGAACGGCUACCUAGGGAUCGACUACCAUAUGUAGAAUAUUACAUGAAAGGAAUGAGUAUUCUGGAGAAACGAGGUGUGGAAGUCGAAAAGACCGUGACAUUCCUGUUGGAUAGCAAUUUAUCAGAGAAACAGGCAGUGGUGCAACGUGCGCAGACGGCUGAUCAACUGCUUGGAAUGGGUUUCAGUGCGGACGAAGUCUUCUCGGCAUUACUAAGCAGUCAAGGCGAUCGUGUGAAGGCUCUGGAUACUCUGCUUGGAGCUCGCUAG